CAUUUUUCUUAUCGGAUUAUUGGGGAGAGAUUUCUUGAGGAUUCUACUGGAACACCGGAUAGCCUUCAAAGGGCACUGGUCUCCUUCCAUAACUUUGCCAAGCGAGGCUUCGGUGGAAAAAAGGGCGCUCUGCAAAUGCGGAUGAUUUGUGAUUGUUCUUGGUAGAUGCUUCUGACAGGAAUCAGAGAAGCGCUCGAGCUCGAGCCGAUAAUUACGAGACAGCGUUUGUGAUCCGCACUUGAGAAAUGUCGAGAGAAAAGUAAAGAAACGAGAGGCAAUUUCCUCCCGUCGUCUCCGGCGCAUGCCAACUGCACAUGCCAUCAAGAAACGGAAGAAAUGGCAGGAUCACGGCGACAGGAGGAAUGCAGGCGGAGAGGAAGUCGGUCAGAAGGCUGAAUCUUGAAGUUUAAGAAACAAGGAAGAGUGAGCAGGAUCGCGGAGAGGAACGGGAGCAACUGGAAGUAAAGAUGGCGUACGCACAGGCAGCAGCGGGUCUGGUAGGGGCAGGGGCAGGCGCAGCAGAAGCCAGGAAGAUUGGAGCGAUUCUUUCAUCUACUUCUGGGAGACCUGGAAUGCGGCUCGUGCUGUCGCGACUUGCCACCACCUUGAGCCUGCGUUCCACAAACGCUCUGUCGGCCCCCAUUUGCUCCGUCGGGCGGUCUCGAAGGGCCAAGAAACUUGAGGGCUUUCGAGUAAUUAAUUGUGCUUCCCCGGUGAAUCAGAUUGGGUUGAACAAUGUCCACGGCGUCGUCACUUCCGCUGGCGGCCUGGAUGCUGAUUCCAUCGCGGACGAGGAGGAAAGAUCAGCAGAGGCCAAGAUUUUAAACAAAACCCAUCCUUCGAUUUCUUCUUUCAUGGCCGAUGUAACCAAUUUGGUGAGGUUGGUGGAUUCGAGAGACAUUAUCGAGCUAGAAAUGAAGCACAAGGAUUACGAACUCGUCAUAAGGAAGAAGGAGGCGCUGCCACCACCGCCACCUCCUCCAUCAUCGAUUCCUGGGCCGCAUGUCAUGGCGCACACUUCUUACCCAGAGUACCUUGCCCCACCUGCUGCACCUCAAGGCCCUGCCUGGGCCGAUGCAACUCCUGCUCCCGAAUCCGCUUCUGAAACUCCACAAGUGGCUCCGGCCUCGCUGUAUCCCCCUAUGCUGUCGCCCAUGGCCGGAACCUUCUAUAGAAGUCCUGCACCUGGUGAGCCAGCGUUCGUCCAGGUGGGCGACAAAAUCACCAAGGGCCAGGUUAUUUGCAUUGUCGAAGCUAUGAAGCUUAUGAAUGAGAUCGAGGCGGAUCAGUCGGGAACCAUCUUGGAAAUCGUAGCUGAAGAUGGCAAGCCCGUCUCGAUCGAAUCACCUCUGUACAUUAUAAAGCCAUGAGGACUGGCGGGAAGCGAACAUGACAACCCGGCUGGUCACCGGAACUCUUCUGCAUCUCUGAGAGCUCAAGGGAGGAGGUCGGUACUCUCAUAUAUUUUAAGCAAAGCGAUUCAUAGCCAUAGCAGCUGGAGUGGAAUCUAGCAUCUGCCUCAGCGAACUAGGUCAAUAGGGCCAUCUGUGAAGGGAUUGAUAAGUAUGUGUACGUGAUUGGGAGAACUGCAGCCCUGUCGUGUCUCUGGACUCCUCCAUGUUUCAUCGAAUUUUAGGUCUCAUGUGUCAGGCAGGAGUCCUAAAAAUGGAUUCCUCGCAUGUUUCGAAUCACGACAACAUCAAGGAGUCCGGUUCCAUUUU